UCCCUGAAAUUGUCAACAGGAAUGCGAGCAGCUUUCAUUGGCAAGUGCAAUAGCUGGGGAAGGGAGAGGUGCCUUGCCCAGGGGGCUCCACCCAGCUUACAGGCCGGAGUUCUUUUCCAGCCCUGGACUGGGCAGGUCUGAUGUGGGACAGACGUUUACUCCAGGCUGUGGGGGCUUCACAGUCUUCUCUUUUCUGCUCAGGGCACCCGCCACUGGGGCUGCAUGCCAUCUUCACCGAUGAUGAGAAACUUGCAGCCAAGUACCACCUGAGCAGGAAUGAGAUGGGCAACCAGCCAGAAAGGGCUGGCCAGGGGCCAUUCUUCCCUCCUCACAACAGCUCCUCCCCGACCCUCUGGCUGAAUGGAACGAGUCCUGGCCCCUCAGUUUUCUGCCCCUGCCCUCCUCUCACCCCCAUCUCCAAGGAGCUUCUACUCAGCCUCCACCCCUUCUAUCCUGGGUACCCUCUGCUCCUGCCUCCACCUUACCUGUUCACCUAUGGGGCCCUACCUUCUGUCCAAUGUCCCCAUCUCUUCAUGUUGCCCCAAGACACUUCCUACUCCACCGUGGCUGCAUCCUGCUUGCUGAGGACAGUCAAUGAUCCUGAGCACUACAGUCCCCAGCGGGAGACCUUGCUUCUGUACCCUGGGGCCCUCCAAGCCUCUGGCCAAACCCUGCCCUCUCAGGCUAAGGAUCGAGACCCAGGAGCUGCCCAAACCUCCUCCCUGGGGAUGGGGAGUGCUGGUGUGGCAGCUCCAGCAAAGCGGACCCCUCUGGGCUCCAGGGAAGGCACUGCAGGGCUGUCCUACCCGCUGAAGAAAGAGAACGGCAAAAUCCUGUAUGAGUGUAAUGUGUGCGGCAAGAGCUUCGGGCAGCUCUCCAACCUCAAGGUCCACCUGCGUGUGCACACCGGGGAGCGUCCAUUCCAGUGUGUCCUGUGCCAGAAGAGCUUCACUCAGCUCGCCCACCUGCAGAAGCACUACCUGGUGCAUACUGGGGAGCGACCCCACGAGUGUGUGAUGUGCCACAAGCGCUUCAGCAGUUCCAGCAACCUCAAGACCCACCUGCGCUUGCACUCCAGAGCCCCGCCUUUCCAAUGCAGUGUCUGCCCAAGACGCUCCGCCCAGCACAUUCAUCUGAAGCUGCACCAUUGGCUACACAAGCCCCAGCCCUGCAACCUCUCUCACACCCACUUGCCCCUGGCCUCUCUCUCCUCCUGCCUUGCCCAUUGGCACCAGGGAGCACUAGAUCUUGUAAUGGCGCCAUCAGAGAAGCAGACGAAUGGCCUGAGACAUGGACAAAGUCAAGGUGUCCUCAGCAUCCCAGGGAAAGCCAGGGUAGCCAGCCUGAGUGGUGGCACCAGGAUGGCCCUGGGAAAUAGGCAGGGGCAAAGCAAUUAAAGGAUUUUCUCAGUGACGA